AUGCAAGAGCUCAUCCGAAUACUAUCGACCCAGUUCACGGUCGUUCAUCUUAAGGAGCUCUGCCGUAUAUGUCGUCUACAAACUACUGGGCGCAAAUACGUGCUGCAGACGCGCUUGCUUGAUUUGCUGAACUCCACGCGAAACGCUGGAGACGCUCAACUAUAUUCAUUACUCAAAGGGGCCAUCUUUGAGCGAUAUGCUAUCGCCAACAACCGUAUUGGGACAGAGUGGACGGGGAAUAGCGACGCUUUAUGGAAUUAUCUCGGCGCCCGUAACAAUCCCCGGGUUAGUUCUUCUUCCACUCCCACUUCCGCCUUUGGAGCAACCAACAGGGCCAGCGGUGCAGUUCCCGUCAGUACCUCAGCCCGGCACGACUCUAUUGAUACAAUCGAUUUCCCAAGCAGCACGUUCUACAUGCUGCAAACACCUCUCACGCGCCCAUCCACCCUCGCCAUCCUACCCGAGCACAGAAGCACCGUUCGCAUGCAAUUCAAACUCUCUGAAGCUCAAUCGUCUCGUCUGCGAUCCGACCCCUCAUACCGCGUCUACCUUCUCUCCGCCAACUCCGACGAAAUGCGUGAAGGGCAGAUCCAAUUCCCGCACAGUAUCGAAAUCAGAGUGAAUACAAAAAUCGUCCAAGCAAACCUCAGAGGUCUCAAGAACAAGCCCGGAACGACAAAGCCGGCGGAUUUGACCCAGUACAUUAAUACUGAUAUCUCACAAAACUUUGUUGAAAUCAUCUACGCCUACACGCGUGUUCGAUACACAAUGGCGCUCUACAUCGCGCGGAAACGGUCGGCGGCAGAAAUAGUCACUAGGAUAGCUUCUGGGAAGCAUAUCCCCAAAGACCAGGUCACCGCAGAAAUUGUCAAGAAAAACUCGGACGACGACGACAUCAUAGUAGGACCUACCAUUCUCUCCCUGAAAUGCCCUAUCUCCUACUCAAGAAUUCGGGUGCCUAUCCGAUCGACGAGAUGUAACCAUAUACAAUGCUACGACGCUACCUCAUAUAUCCAACUACAGGAGCAAGCACCGACAUGGACAUGCCCGGUCUGCAACAUCGCUGCUCCUCUCAGUAAUAUUGCUGUCGACAGCUACGUUGACGACGUCCUGAAACGAACCAACGAUUCCAUCGAUUCGAUAGUAAUCGAGACCGAUGGUUCCUGGCGUAUCCCAGAACAGAACAGUAAUGAUCUCUCUGACGACGACGACGAUGAUGAUGAUCGACAGCGUAUAAAACGACAAAGCACUUCCGUUGGCCCACCCACCGGAGCCAUGGAAGUCAUUGACGCUUCCCCUGCUCGACAAGGCAGUAGCGCAGCUCCAGCUGCUGUCGUCAUCGACCUGAGCGACAGCGAAGAUGAACUUCCAGCACCGUCGCGUCAACCACCUCCCCCUCCACCUCCACCCCAACAACCUCCACCAAGCAAUAUCCACCAAGGGCCAGAUUCAUAUCACUCGGAUUUUGAAAUUGAACUUCAACAUUUGUUUGACGAUCCUCAGGAUUCUCCUGUACCAGAGACUGAACCUCAUUACACACCACAGUCGAACGAGCGUCAGACUCCCCAGCUGCCUGCAUCCACAGAGUCUCAUGUCCCACUUGCACCAGUGACAACUACUUCUGCUACAACAGCCACUGUACCAGCUGACUCGCCAUUAGCAGAGACCAUUGAAAACCGGAGGAAAAACCCCGAAGGAAUUCAAAAUCUUCUUCAGUCAUAUAUGGAUCUGAGCGGCAGAUUGGGCGAGUACAUCUCCAGCCGAGAAGGAAGCACAUCAGCAGCUACUCCGUCUGAUUUGGCUAAUGUCAAUCUGCCGCCACCCAUCAAUGCUGUACAGAACGGAAGACCUGUACAUUCGUCGCCGCAAAGGGGAUACUUUAAUGAGCCUCCUGUGGAGGAGCAGCUGCGAGGAUCUCAGACCCUACCGCCGAUUGAAACAGCUGAGGGAUCCGAGUCUGACCACGACUUCGACAGCGAUAUUGAUCCUUAUAACUAUUCAAUUGACUUACCAUACCUUUUAUCGCGGAAUGUUGGGAGCGCCCCUCCUACUCAGGAGAUCGUUUCGGAAGCUGGUGGACCCAGUCCUACUGCACCGGCCAACGACGGUGCAGCUGUGGCCGAGCCACAGACACCGGAGAACGCAGCAGACGACCUGGCCAACGAUGGAAGCGCAUACACCGCACGCACAAGUCUGAGCGACGACAACGCAUCGCAGCGAACAGCGUCUGUGGACGAGACCGAUCUCCGAGCAAUAAUCGCGCAUACCACUGAGUCUACUUCGGCGGCUUUGGCAGCCGAUCAAGAGCACCCAGAAGUGACCACUGGCACAAACAGUCCUGCCCAUCCCACACUACCUUCACCAACACAAACUGCUUCCGAGCCGGCUACAACAAACUCGCAUGUUAGCGGGACAGUGCACCCGCGCGACGAAUCAAGCGACGCUGCGUCGCCGCCACCAGCAAAGCGUCCCAAUAUGGGAUUAUCUAAUACCGAUUGAAGGAAAUGAACUGUAUAAUAUUAAAGCAUAGCAGGAAUAGAGAUCCCGUCCGUCGGAGAACGAUCGAAAGGACAUACAAGGCGAUCAGUGUACAACCAUAAUUAUCUCUAUCUGUUGUGUUUACGUGUAUAAGAUUAUGGCGUUUUAUGGAUUUAAAAAUAAGGCGGGUAUUAGUGGAUGUGCAUAGUAAUAAAUAACAGUAGCUUCAGAACUACUUGCGAUAAUACUAUUAGCCAUGUAGAUCACGUUUUAGA